AUGUUCGCCGGGGCUAUCAAUACAUCUCAGACCGAGCAUUUGCACGUGCCUUCGCAGCCUUCCCAGCCGCGCCGGCAUGUGGUCCCGAUGCAAGCGACCGUUUUGGCCGAGGGUGACACGCAGGUGCUGAUGCGCAAGGAAAACGUGUCGGAGAUUGAUGCGAGAAGUUGCACCUGUACAGAUGUAGACUUGAAGGGCAAGAAGUGGUCUCCGGGCGGCUUGAAGAAAUGCGUUGGAAAUUGCAAAAAGGUCUCGAAGGCGACAGAAGUGAACGACUGCCCGAAAGAUUGGAAGAUUUUUUCGCCCAGAUCAAAGGAGGACUGGGAGACCAUCAUCUCCUUGGAUGUCAUCAAGGACGUGUUGAAACCUCAUUUGGUGGUGGAUAUUACGCAGGACAAGAACGGCUGCGGUGGAUGCACGGCGAAAGCCAUGAAUUCCGACGAGGAUGGACAGUCCAUGUGGAAGACGCUGGACAGUAGCGCCUGGUGGCUGCGUGCUUCAAAAUACGGAGAACCCAAUGGAGAUUACAUCGCGAACUGUUUCCUGGGUUUGAAUCCGCCGACUGAUGCCAACGCCAUUGCAUUCAACGAGUCGUUUUGCUUGGUCUACUGGGAUUGCUGUAAGACCAAUGUCCAUAUUGCCACGUUGGAGGGCGAUUGGAAAGGCACCUUGGACAAGCUCAUCGGGUACUGGACCUACCUCAAGACCAUCAAAGAUGAUGAUGUCAUCGUUUUCCUGGACGCCUUUGAUGUCUUCCCCAAUGGCCUGGAUGGCCAUGAACUUCUGAGGAGGUUCUUCUCCUUUGGCACCCCAGUGGUGAUCGCCUCAGAGGAGAACAUUUUUCCACGCGAAGUCGCCGAGCAGGCGAAUAUCGCGGUGGAGCAGAUGCAAGCCGUUGGCUUGGGGAAUGCUUCAGCGCCAUCUAGAUAUCUCAAUGCUGGAGGGAUCAUUGGAAUGGGAUGGGCUCUGCGGAAGAUGUAUGACGAUGUGCGAGAGAAUAUGGCCGCCAACAAUCCGCACAUGCUCAUGGCGCAUGCGGACAUUGUGGGGCAUUGGUUCUUGCACUCCUACGAUCAGUACGAACUCUGGCGCUAUUUCAUCCGCCACGUCCGCGGAGUGGAAGAGGCCGGCGAAGAGAAGAUGGUGGCCUUGGAUACAGAACAACUGAUCUUUGGAUCCACUGUCUUUCAAAAGGAGAACUGGCCGGAGCUGCUGAAUGACGCAGAGCCCGGGAUUGCCACCAAGGAAGGGAAAGGACAUUCCAUUGAUGUGGAUGUGCCCCUGGUCUUUGACGCACCGCAACGUGUCUUCGAGACCCACGGCUGCUCUGGGCGCUUUCUUGGACGCAAGUACUUCCCUAUCUUUUGGCAUGGUCAUGGACCCUGGAAAGCCGCAUGGGAAGGGCUCCGCAAUCGGUUGAUGAGUGCUGGUUGUUUGGGAGAGAAGUCGCCAGAGCUUUACUUUGGAAAAAGGAAUGGGAUGAUCCUGGGCGCUGAAGAGCCGUGCCGUGGCUGCUGUGAGUUGCGACGACGAUACUCGCGCUUGGAGCUUUGUGGUCAGUUUGGCAAUCGAUUCCGCGUGGGCAAUGUGAUUGUGAACCGUAUCAACUAUGAGAUCACCAACGUCCAAGACUAUCUCCCUGCAAUUUCCGGUGGACCCACCACGUCGCAAAUGCUCUACUAG